UUAGCUUUUUUGUCUGGUAGAUUUGUCAAUGCUUACAAGAGGGGACUUGAUGGAAAACAGGCUGUGUGGGUGAUCAAGAAAUAUUGUGGACAUUGUGUUCUUCCUGAGUUCAUAAUGCAGGAGUUUGAGCAAUCCCCUGAGCUACAAUUUAUCAUAUUACAACUCUCUUUACAUACCAAUAGCUUAAUCACUCCGAGUCUAGUUUCAUAUCAUCCUUAA